AUGGCGCGGCUAAUCGUUGCCCGCGUGGUGCUGGCCCUCGUGGUCCCGUUGCUCGCCCUGUUGCCCGCGCGCGUGGCGCCGGACCUGGCGGGGGACCGCGCGGCGCUGCUGGCGCUGCGGGGCGCCCUGGAUCCGGGGCGACGCCUCCCGUGGGACCCCUCGGCGCCGACGCCGUGCGCCGGGCGGUGGCCCGGCGUCGUGUGCUCCCCCUCGGGCGACCGCGUCGUGGAGCUGCGGCUGCCGGGCAAGCGGCUGUCCGGGACGAUACCGAUGGGCACGGUGGGCAACCUCACCGCGCUGCAGAAGCUGUCGCUCCGGUUCAACGCCAUCUCCGGCGGGAUACCCGCCGACGUCGGCAACUGCGCCGAGCUGCGGGGGCUGUUCCUCAGGGGCAACCAGCUCACCGGCGCCGUGCCGGAGGGGUUCUUCUGGCUGGCGGUGCUCAAGAAGGUUGAUCUCGCCGGGAACCGGCUAACAGGCGGCGUGUCGCUGCAAUUCAACAGGCUCAAGCAGCUAGACACGCUCUACCUCGAGGGCAACGACUUUUUCGGCACACUUCCGGCGGGCCUCUACCUUCCGAAACUUUCGCUGUUCAACGUGUCGUUCAAUGCAUUGCUCACUGGCCCUGUGCCCGCGUCGCUUGCCCGGAUGCCAGCGAACUCGUUCCUCGGCACGGGGCUCUGCGGCAGCCCUCUAACCGCAUGCACCAACUCCACGCCGCCGGCGCCUCUGCCAUCACCGUCUGCAGGGAGUGACAGCAAGAGCGGCAAGCUAUCCCGUUGGGCAAUCGUCGGAAUCAUCGUCGGCGCCGUGCUCAUAAUCCUGCUCAUCAUAGGGUUCGUCGCCUGCUUGGGCCGGCGUCGGGCGGCGGCCGGGAGGCCUGCGGGGGCUGCGGCCGACGUGCACGAGGGUUCCGCGCCUAUAACGGUGACCAUGGCGAGGACGGACCGGGACGCGGUGAAGCAGUCGCACUCCCCGCCGCUCGCGCGGGAGAUGAUCAGUGACGGCAAUAAGCUAGUGUUCCUCGGGAACGCGCCGGAGAGGCCCUACGACCUGGAGACGCUGCUGCGGGCGUCCGCCGAGGUGCUCAGCAAGGACGCACUUGGCACAACGUACCGCGCCACGCUUGACGGCGGCGAUCCCGUCCUCGCCGUCAAGCGGCUCCGCGCGGUGCACCUCCCCGAGCACGAGUUCCACGACAAGGCGGCCGUGCUCGGCGCCCUCCACCACGACAACCUGCCCCGCCUGCGCGCCUACUUCUACAGCAGGGAGGAGAAGCUUCUCGUCUACGACUUCGUUGGCGCCGGCAGCCUCUCCGCCCUCCUCCACGACGAUGGCGCGGAGGGCUGCGCGCGGCUGGACUUCACGGAGCGCGCGCGCAUCGCGCUGGUGGCGGCGCGCGGCGUGGCGUUCAUCCACCGCGGAGGGUCCAAGUCGUCGCACGGCAACAUCAAGUCUUCAAACAUCAUCGUCACCGCCACGCGCGACGGCGCCUACGUCGCCGACUACGGGGUCGCGCAGCUCGUGGGCGCCGCGGCACUGCCGAGGCAUGGCGCGGGGUACCGUGCCCCGGAGGUGAAAGACGCGCGCAGCGUGCCCCAGAGCGCCGACGUGUACAGCUUCGGCGUGGUCGUACUGGAGCUGCUCAGCGGGCGCGCCCCGGCGCACGCGCUGCCGGACGGCGCCGACGGCGUGGACCUGCCGCGGUGGGUGCGGUCGGUGGUGCAGGAAGAGUGGACGUCCGAGGUGUUCGACGCCACCAUCGCCAACGAGCCGGGCGUCGAGCAGGAGAUGAUGCGGCUGCUGCAGCUCGGCAUGGAGUGCACCGAGCAGCGCCCCGACCGGCGGCCGUCAAUGGCCGAGGUGGAGGCGAGGAUCGAGCGCAUGGUCGAGGACGCGUGCAUGAAAGCCAAUUUCAGCAGCACGUACGGCAGCCGGAGCGUGUCUGCGUGA